GGAGGAGCCAUAUCGCAGUGAUCAUGAAGUCCGCCGGGGUAGCUAAGCCACAGACACAAUCAAGCCGCCACAACUCCGCAGCUGCAGUCGGGAUUUACUAGUUGUUACAGUAAUCUGGACACACUAGGCUGUGUCCUAGCUGUGUCAAUCUGCGCGUGUUCGAGUUCCCCUCAUUUAGCAUAAGAUUCGGGUCGAUUGUCCGACAGAGGUGGUUAAACAUAAAUUUCGGGUUAUCUGUGGUGAAUCCGAAGGACAGUGAUUCAUCGCCGAAUUCUGGCAUCAAAUGUAUCAUAUAUUCCGUCCAACAUGAGCAGGAUAGUGCUAGAAAACCUAGCAAAAGCGCCCCAAUGUCUGCGCGAGUCUGUGGCACGCUCGAAGGCGGAGUAUCGAAGACUUGGGAACUCCGGUCUGCGAGUGUCAAAUCCAAUCCUUGGCGGUAUGAACUUGGGUAGUUCUCGCUGGCUCCCAUGGGUACUAGACGAAGAUCAUGCACUUGAUCUUUUGAAAACAGCUUAUGAUAGCGGAAUAAACACGUGGGACACGGCGAAUGUCUAUUCUAAUGGCGAAUCCGAGAGGGUCAUGGGCAAGGCCCUUCAGACACACAAGAUCCCUCGUGAGAAGGUUGUUCUCAUGACAAAGUGCUAUAGGGUCGUCUGUGAUUCUGAAAACUACGAUCCUGGUUCUAAGGUAACCAUGCAUCAUGCGUUGGCAGAUUCAAGCAAGGACUAUGUGAACCAAUGGGGCCUAUCACGAAGCGCUAUUUUCAAAGCCGUCGAGGGAUCUCUUAAGCGUCUUAACACCAGCUAUAUCGACGUUCUUCAAAUCCAUCGAUACGACCCAACGGUUCCACCAGAGGAAACAAUGCGCGCCUUAGAUGAUCUAGUAAGGUCAGGGUGCAUCCGCUACAUUGGAGCCAGUUCAAUGUGGACAUAUCAAUUCGCCACCUUGCAGCACACCGCAGAGAAACACGGAUGGACCAAAUUCAUUUCAAUGCAAAAUCACUACAAUUUAUUAUAUCGGGAAGAAGAGCGCGAGAUGAACCCAUUUUGCAAUCUCACAGGCAUCGGCCUUAUUCCUUGGGCUCCGUUGGCAUCAGGAAGAUUGGCCCGUGACCCAACACAGAGCACAUUUUCAAAACGGGCGGCAUUUAGCACUAACGGAUCACUAUAUGACAAUGGUGACCAGGACCUACAUGGUAUUGUAACAAGGGUAAGGGAGAUUGCUACAAUUCGAGGAUGGCCAAUGAGCCAUGUGAGCUUGGCCUGGCUUAACCGAAGGGUCACGGCUCCCAUUAUUGGGUUCAGUUCAAGCGACCGCAUAAAGGAGGCUCUGGAUGCUAGGGGCAAGGAGCUUUCAGAGGAGGAAGAGCGGUACUUGGAAGAACUAUAUGUUCCUAGAGCUAUACAAGGACAUUCAUGAGGUCUAGAUACAUCUCAUUGGAUGCAUAAGAAAAAAAAAAAU